AUGGCCGACCAGAUGCAGGACGUCGAGUUCGAGCCCAUCUUCCCUCCGUUCGAGCAGCAACCGUGGAGCCAGUAUGCAGAAGCACGCAAGUUCAACACGCCCGGUCGGCCUGCGCCUAAGAAGGGGAGUAAUGUAUUCGUUCCCAUCUUCCUUCGAGACCAAUUCACGCUGAGCACGUGGAUGCUGAUGGGAGCGAGCAUCCAAUGUCUUCUGGUCAGCGUCCUCGGUGCUCGGCUCUGGAUCGUCGCGCUGCCGGUGCUGAUGCUGGGCCUGCGAUGUCUCCGGACCAUCCUGCAGGCUCGCGGUAUGCUCAAGAAUCCCUACAUGGAAGGGGUGAUCCCCGGCAAGACGACGUGCCACUUCCCCAACAGCGACGGCUCGUACAGCGGCGCGACCUCUAAUAAGUCGAUGGCGGUGCUUCUGAUCUCGGUCAAGUCCAAUCAUCCCCUAGGCGCGCUUGCACCUGGCUUCAAAGAGCUCGGCGAGUUUUUCAACGGCUGUGUCGAGUGGUUGGAGGAAGAUUCUCAUGCUCGCGGCUUCUUGGGCAUGACCACCUGGCUCAACGCCAACGACCGCGCGACAAGCAACGAGCUGCUCAACAUUGGCUACUUUCGCAACGUCGAGGACAUCCAUGCGCUUGCCCACCACGCCAUUCAUCGCGCUGGGUGGAAGUGGUGGAACCAGCACUCGAAGAGCAUGGAGUUUUUCACGCUGACGCACGAGAUCUUUGUCGUCGACGCCGGGAGCUGGGAGAACAUCUUUGUCAACGCCAAGCCGACUCACCUGGGUACAACGGUGGUCAAGGGCGACGAUGGACUGUGGAGGUCGCCCCUGAUCAGGCUGGGUGCUGCUCAUAGGAAUUCAGCCAAUCGUCUGCGGAGGAAGCAGACGGAGGACGAGAAGAAGAGGCAAGAUGAGACGGAUGCGAUGGCUGGCGAGGCGUAUGAACCGCUAGCUUGA